UUUUAGUGUCAUUCAACGCCUGACGUGACUUGAGAGUGUUGGAACAGCUGCUUUACUGUGUUCAAUAUAUUGUUUUAGUAAAAUUUCACAAAAUGUUAGACUUAUUUAGCAUUUUUAGUAAAGGAGGUAUUGUGUUGUGGUGUUUUCAAAGUACGAGUGAAAUUUUUUCGCCGUCAGUGAAUGCUUUGAUAAGAAAUGUAAUAUUACAAGAGCGUUCGGGGAACAAUUCUUAUAACCAUGACGCCUUAACAUUACAAUAUAAGCUUGAUAAUGAAUUCGAGCUCGUAUUCGUGGUUGCUUACCAGAAAAUCCUUCAGCUAUCUUACGUGGAUAAGUUCCUAAAUGAUAUUCACUUGGAGUUCAGGGAUAAGUACAAGAAUGAUUUACAAAGUGGAAGAUUUAUCACGGACUUUGAUUUCAAAACAUCCUUUGAUAACAUACUUAAGCAAUGUGAAACAUGGGCUAAGUCACAAGCAAAAAUACCAAAACAGAUGAGAACAUUUGAAGACUCGCAGAAGUCUAAAAAAACUGUAGCAUCCAUGAUUGAAAGGAAAGGAGACGAAAAGAAUAAGAAAUCAGUGAAAAUUGUAGAAAAUAAGAUUGCAAAUGGAAAGAUUGAAGAGUCUCCAGAAUUAGAAGAUGAUGUUAUAGCCGCAAACAGAGCUAAGCUCGCUCAGAAAUUGGCCUCAAAAGUCAAAAAGGAAGUUAAGAAGUCCCCGAAAAGUCCAAAAGCGGUGGACCGCACCAAGAAGCCACGCGUGUGGGAGCUGGGAGGUGACUCCAGGGACCUGCCCACUCUGGACUUCAGUACCGAUAAGGAGGGCGACGCUGAAGUGUCUGCUGACACUCAGUUGGUUGGCCAAAUGACGGGCGCUAUUCGUGAUUUGGAAGUGGAGUCUGACGAUGACAGCAGUAGUGAGGAGGAAGAGGAACAGCCUGAAGGGAAACCAGCACCCAAGAAGUCUGGUGGAAUGUUCAGCAUCUUUAAGGGUCUUGUUGGAUCUAAGGCGCUAACCGAAGAACAAAUGCGUCCAGUACUGGAUAAGAUGAGAGACCAUCUGAUCGGCAAGAACGUGGCCGCUGAUAUCGCCAACAAACUGUGUGACUCCGUCGCUACUAAGUUGGAAGGAAAGGUGCUUGGAACGUUCGAGAGCGUCGCGACAACGGUGAAAGCGACUCUGACGUCAUCGCUCAUGCAGAUCCUGUCGCCGAAGAGACGCGUCGACAUACUGCGGGACUGCUUGCACGCGCGGCAACAGGGCCGCCCCUAUGUCAUGUCGUUUUGUGGGGUAAACGGCGUCGGGAAGUCGACGAACCUCGCCAAGAUCUGCUUCUGGUUGAUCGAGAACGACCUCUCCGUGCUGAUCGCCGCGUGCGACACGUUCCGCGCGGGCGCAGUGGAGCAGCUGCGCACGCACACGCGCCGCCUCGACGCGCUGCACCCGCCGCACGCGCACCACGGCCGCCGCAUGGUGCACCUCUACGAGAAGGGAUACGGCAAAGACGCAGCCGGCAUAGCCAUGGAGGCGAUACGUUACGCGGCGGACUCCAAGAUCGACGUCGUCCUCAUCGACACGGCGGGUCGGAUGCAAGACAACGAGCCGCUCAUGCGAGCCCUCGCCAAACUCAUCAAAGUGAACGAGCCAGAUCUAGUUCUCUUCGUCGGCGAAGCCCUAGUUGGCAACGAGGCUGUCGACCAACUCGUCAAGUUCAACCAAGCGUUGGCUGACCACAGCUCAUCCUCGAACCCGCACGUCAUAGAUGGAAUUGUGUUGACGAAGUUCGACACGAUUGACGAUAAAGUCGGAGCGGCCAUAUCUAUGACGUAUAUCACCGGCCAGCCAAUAGUGUUCGUUGGGACGGGGCAGACGUACACGGAUUUGAAGGCGUUGAACGCAAACGCGGUUGUGCACGCAUUAAUGAAAUAGUAUUCGGUCCAUGGGGUUUAAACAAUAGAUAUGAAGUGGCAGACGGAGCGAACGUGCGGAUUUUUCUUUCGUUUCGAUACAGCGAUACAGAAUAAUAUACAGCGCUGAAGUAUAUAGUCUAUGGCAAAACAUAAAAUACAUUAAAUUUAUCUUGUGUUUGCACUUCAAAGUCUAUGGGUCCGCACAUUGGCUUUAUCUUUUUCUAUUGGGUUAUUUAUCAAUUAUGUUUGUCUAUGGAUAUAAAAAACCGCCAUUUAAUAGUUUCGGUACUUAUUUCUUUUUUAUUUCUUUUUUUGAAUGCCAAAUAUGAAAUAUCACAAUGUAUUCUCUCUAUUGUUGAUGGUAAUGGAUUCUUAUUUCUUAUAAUUAUGUUGAAUAAAUGUUUAUUUUAUCAUUA